AUGGAACAUUCUUUAACUUUCUCACAAGUUCGAGGUCAGGGUUAUGAUGGGGCAAGUAAUAUGCAAGGUUCAAUCAAUGGCCUUAAAACUCCAAUUUUGAAUGAAUGUUCUCAAGCAUACUAUGUUCAUUGCUUUGCUCAUCAACUUCAAUUGACACAAGUUGCUCUUACUAAGAAAAACUCAGAUUGUGGUUGGCUUUUUGUUGAUGUAGUUGCACCUCUCUUGAACUUUGUGGGAGGUUCACCUAAGAGGAAAGAAUUUCUUCAAGAAAAAAAACGUCAAGGGGUUGUAGAAGCAUUAUCCUUGGGUGAAAUUGAAUUGGGAACUGGUUUAAAUCAAGAACGUGGCUUAUGUAGACCUUGUGAUACUCGUUGGGAAUCUCACUUUGAAACCAUUUUGAAUGUGCUUGAUUUUUAUCCUUCAAUACUUUUGUCACUUGAUUCCAUUGCAGAAGUAUCUGAUACACUUGAUUCGAAUAAAGCAAAAUCUAUUACACACUUGUUGAUGUCAUUUGAUUUUGUGUUUGUGGCACACUUGAUGGUUGAUAUAUUUGGAAUUACAAAUGCGUUCAAUGUGGCAUUGCAAAAACAUGAUCAAGAUAUUGUAAAUGCAAUGGUCAUGGUUGAUGUAACCAAGACUAGUUUGCAAAAGUUGAGAGAUGAAGGAUGGGAUUCACAUAUGGAAAAAGUCACUUCAUUUAUGGCUAAAUAUGACAUUGAGGUUCCAAACAUGGAGGGGCAAUAUAUUGUUCUUGGGAGAAGAAUGUAUAGAGGUAAAGGUCCACAAGUGACUAAUCUUUAUCAUUUUAAAGUUGAAGUUUUUCUAAGUGUCAUUGAUCUUCAAUUACAAGAACUUGAAAAUCGAUUUCCCGAGUUGGUGUUGAUUCUUCCCGUUGCAACGACAAGUGUAGAAAGAGUAUUUUCGGGAAUGACGCAAGUGAAAGAUAAAUUGCGUAAUAGCAUGGGAGAUCAAAUGUUGAAUGACUGUCUUAUUACUUAUCUAGAAAGAGAUUUGUUUUACAAUGUUAGCAUGGAUGAUACUGUAAUUCGUUAUCAAAACAUGAAAACUCGCCGGGAGCAAUUGUAA